CUUGUAGGUUAUAAAAAAUAACCAAACAGUUAUUUCCGUGAUUCGUUAUUGUUACAAAUAACUGUUACAUAAAGUGUUAAAAACUGUUUAUUGUGUUAACCAUGGGUAAACCACCAGGCAGACAGACUUCUGUGUUGUGGAAUUAUUAUGACAAGGACCCGCAAUGUGCUACUAAGGCUAUUUGCCGAUUUUGUAACAAUUCUUACUCUUUUAGUACUACAACUGCAAAUUUGAGGAGCCAUUUGAAACGCGUGCAUACUGAAGAGUAUGUUAAUAUAAAUUGGAAUGGGAAAUUUGAAAACGAAGAUGGGUGGAGUAAUUCAAACCGGACGGGGCCGAAGCCGCUGGGAGCUGGUCUUUACACUGCCGAUGAAACGGAUGAGCUGUUAAUGCUAACCGGCGUAUGGAGCUACUUCGAGGCGGAAGACAAGAAGGCGCGUUGUGAACUCUGCGGCACCUCGCUACCUGAUGACUACGAGGAGUUGAAGGCGCAUCUCGGUGAACACCAUCCGGAGACACUGCUGAAUAUCAUGCAGAAAAAAGAAAAGCGGGAAAAGGCAGAACGCAGUGAUAACGAUGACGGCCAAGACCAGGAUAACAUGACAUACACCGAAAUAGUUUAUCUAGAACAAGACACGUCCGAUUCAACAGACAGCAUCCCAGAAAAACCGAAACCAAAACCGAAACCAUCACCAAAAACCGUCAAAAUCAAAACCGUAAAAAGGCGCGAAUCCACACUUACCUCCGAUGACAUCCCUAUGAAACGUCAAAAGAACUGUCAAAGUGACGUUGACAAUAAUGAAUUGGAUGCGUUCAUAAAAUACGUUACUUGUCUAUUAAAAAAGUUACCAGAAAACGUUUUUUCUGAAGUACAAGGGGAAAUUAUUAGCUGUAUUAUGAGAGCUAAUUCGCGUAUUAGUCAAUCUAGUGCUAGUUUAAGUAGUCAAUCUGUUAGUUCAAAUAAAAAUUCAGGGGUUAACAAUGCUAAUAAUUUAGUAACUGUUAGUGAAAUAACGCCUGUUAAUAAUGCCUUGGGACAUAACUUUAGUAUUGUAGUUGCUCCGAAAGAAACUGAUAGUGGUACCUAACUGUCAAACUUUAUUGUAAGAUUUUUCAUCACUGAUAUUAUAAAUAAGUUUUUUUUUUAUUUUUGUUUGUUUGUAAUGGUACUCAAAAACUAUUGCGCCGUUUUAAAAAAAUCUUUCCAUGGAACGCGAGUGAAACCGCGGCAAAACGGCUAGUUUUACAAUAUAGAUACCUAUACUCCAAUUGAAAACUAAACAAUCUUGAUAAUACUUUUUAUUCAGAAAUCAUUCAAGAAAAAAUAAAAUGCUUUCAGUUAUUGAUAGGUACUAUGUAUUCUGUUUCAAUUGAAUCAUUAUUUUAAGCAGUGGUUUAUUUGUUUAAUAUGUAUUUGUGUAACAUCCUAUCAAGAGUGUUUACCUUUAGUUAAGUGCCUAUUAAAAUGAGUAUAGAAACGUACCUACUUAAUAGACUAGUACCUACCCAUUUUCACCAACAAAUACCUAAAUUUAGGGAUCCCCUAAGAGCACUUAGGGACCACUUAAUACGAAUUUCGUUUUCACCAAAGUUUAUGUGUCCCUUAUAACCUUUAAAUAUUGGGGGUGCCCUUAUUCUAAGUGACACUUAGGAAAACGUUAAGAGAUUGUUGGUGAAAAC